UAUUCAUAUAAAUUAAAUGAGUAUUCGAUUUUCCAAUAUAAAGGGAGUAUCCUAUCAACAUUAUUGCUUCCAAAUUAAAGCUACAAAUACUAGGAAAUGUUGUCAUAGAGAGAUUGUGUGUGUUCUUUGAUUUAGGACAAAAAGAAAAAAAAUAAAAUAAAAUAAAAAUCGAUGGCUCGAAAUGUCGCGAAUAACUUUGGCAAGGAAGGCGCAAAUCAAUAUCGCCGAGUUGUCGGUAACUAUUCUCCAAGUUUAUGGGGUGAUUUGUUCCUCAAAUACACUCCCGAUGAACAGCUUAUGAAAGAAUAUUCGAAGGAGAUCGAAGUGUCGAAGGGUAAAGUUAGGAGUAUGCUAACAACUCCUACGAGUUACAAUGACAUCGUCAAAACGAUGGAUCUAAUUGACACAAUCGAACGCCUAUGCUUGUCUUACCACUUUGAAGAUGAGAUCAAAGACAAGUUGGAAAAAUUUUUCGAUCUUGAUGUCGAUUAUAAGAAUGAAUCCUACGAUCUCCAUACCAUUGCACUUCACUUUCGAUUAUUCAGAGCGCAAGGCUAUCAUAUGUCCUCGGAUGUUUUCAACAAAUUCAAAGAUAGUGAAGGAAAUUUCCAAGAAUCCCUAAAGAGUGAUGCAAGGGGUUUGUUAAGUCUAUACGAAGCCGCUCAUCUACGGAUACAUGGAGAAGACAUCCUCGACGAGGCUCUAAUUUUUGCAACUUCAAAUCUCAAGUCCAUAAAACAAACUCUCGAUUCACCCCUUAAAGAAGAAGUCGAGCACGCUUUAGUUCAGCCUUUGCAUAUGAGCUUUCCAAGAGUCGAAGCACCGAAAUUUAUAUCAAUUUAUGAAAAACGAAAACAAAAUUAUAACUUCCUUAUUAGAUUCGCCAAAUUGGACUACAAUUUAUUGCAAGAACUUCACAAGAAAGAGCUUUAUGAAAUCUCAAGGUGGUGGAAAGAGUUGGAUGUUCCAUCGACACUUCCAUACGCUAGAGACAGAGUAGUCGAGUGUUAUGUUUGGGCAAUAGGGACGUAUCACGAACCUCAAUAUUCUCAUUGCCGAAUUUUACUCACCAAAAUCAUUGCAACAAUAUCCUUACUUGAUGACACAUACGAUUCUUAUGGUACGACCGAAGAACUUAAUGUUAUUACAGAGGCUAUUCAAAGGUGGGAUAUUAACCAGAUCGAUCAUGUUCCCGACUAUUUUAAAUCAUUCUACAAAGCACUUUUGGAACUCUACGAGCAAUUCGAAGAAGAACUAGAAGAGAGUGGACAAUCUUAUGCAGUAUGCUAUGCCAAAGAAACUCUUAAAGAGUUAGCGAGAGGCUACAAUGUUGAGGCCAAAUUGUUCGAUGAGGAAUGCUUGCCACCAUUCGAUAGAUAUCUAAGCAAUGCUAUUGUUACGUCCACCUACUAUUGCCUUUCAAUCGCAACACUAUUAGGAACACCAUUUGCGACUAAAGAACACUACGAAUGGUUGAUGACGAAACCUAAGGUGCUAGUAGCCAGUUGCAUCGUUUGUCGUAUUGUUGAUGAUGCAGCAACAUACGAGGUUGAAAAAGAGAUUCGAGGCCACAAAGCUACUGGCAUUGGAUGUUAUGUGGAAGAGAAAGGAGUUUCGGUCAAAGAAGCCAUAGAUAAAUUCUAUGAGAUGGAUGAAGAUGCAUGGAAGGAUAUGAAUGAAGAGGUUCUCAAACAGUCGAGACAGUCAAGGGAAGUUCUUACACGAAUCUUGAAUUUGGCGCGCGUGAUAGAAGUUGUUUACAAGGGUACUCAAGAUGGAUAUACACUGCCGGAGAGAGUUUUGGCGUCGCAUAUAAAGUCGAUGCUCGUGGAUCCCAUCAAAAUUUAAGACAUGAUCAACCAAGUCAUUCUUAAUUAGUAAGUUUAUGCAUAUGUUUGUGGUGUGUUUAUGUGAGAAUUAAUAAGAAGUGGAAAUGGUCAUGUACUCUUCAUAUGUAUCCUUUGUGUGCAAGCUUGCUUUUGCUUUUGUUC